UAAAAUCGACUCGUGUCUCGUGUUUGCGCCGCAUCUCUCGGAGAAAGAGAGAGGUUAAUUCUUACGAAGAUGUACGACGAUUACAACGAGUACGACGCCUACGACGAUUAUGGACCACCGGACGUGCACGAUCAGUACGAUCGGCCGAGUUACGGCAAGUGCCCGAGGUGGUGCGCCAAUUUCCUCGUCUUCUUACGCAAUUGCAUUAACGAGGGCAUGAUCUUCGAGAUACAGAAUUUGUACGAGAACUCGUUCCCCAAGAUCUCGGAACAGCUGUUUGAUAAGUCGCCGUGGCCGGACGCGACAACGAUCGCUCAUAUCGUUGACAAUGAUCCAGUCUUCCUUACUCUGUACAAGGAGCUUUAUUAUCGUCACAUUUAUGCGCGCAUGCAAGGCCCCACGUUGGAGCAGCGUCUCAACUCCUUUUACAAUUACUGCGAUCUCUUCAAUUAUAUCCUGCAUCCGGACACUCCGGUGCAACUGGAACUGCCUGAUCAGUGGCUCUGGGAGCUCAUCGACGAGUUUGUCUACCAGUUUCAAUCGUUCGCCCAAUAUCGCGCCAAUUUGUCCAAUAAGACGCCGGACGAGAUCGAGAAUUUGAAUGCGCACAACAAGAUCUGGGAUGUCUUGUGCGUAUUAAACGUCCUGCAUUACCUGGUCGACAAGUCUAAGAUCAAGAGCCAACUGGAGGUGUAUGCGAGUGGAGGUGAUCCAGAUUCGGUGGCUGGUGCUUUUGGCAGACAUUCUCUGUAUAAGAUGCUGGGCUACUUCUCGCUCGUUGGUCUCCUAAGAUUGCAUUCUCUAUUGGGAGAUUACUACCAGGCCAUCAAAGUCUUGGAGAAUGUGGAGCUUUAUAAGAAGAGCGCGUACUCCCAUGUACCCGGCUGUCAGAUCUCGACGGCGUAUUACGUAGGCUUUGCGUACAUGAUGAUGCGUCGAUAUGCAGAUGCGAUUAGAACGUUCUCCGGUAUCCUGUUAUACAUCCAACGUACGAAGCAGCUGUUUGCCACUCGAAGCUAUCAGAAUGAUCAGAUCAACAAGCAGACCGAGCAAAUGUAUCAUCUACUCGCCAUCUGUCUAGUUUUACAUCCGCAGUGCAUAGACGAGGGCUUGCAGCAGGCUCUGCGGGACAAGAACUAUCAUGAGAAGAUGUAUAAGAUGCAGUACGGCGAUCUCACCGAGUUUGAGAAUUGUUUCGUUUUCGCAUGUCCGAAAUUCCUGUCAUUGACACCGCCGAAUCCGGACAAUCCCAAUGAAGAUUACGUCCGUGAGGCCAUCAAGCAUCAGACCCAAGUCUUUAUGGACGAAGUGGUGCAGCAGAAAAUGUUGCCAACCAUCCGUUCAUACUUGAAACUCUACACGACAUUACCAUUGAGCAAAUUGGCCACGUUCAUGGGCAACAACACUAGGUCUGAUAUAGAAGGUUGGGAUCUGGACAAGGAAGUUAAUUCUUUGACGAUUCAUUUGUUGUGUUUCAAGCAUAAAAUGAAGAAUAUUGUUUGGACAAAAGGCACAUCGGGAUUAGACGGAAAAUUUCAAUCAGGAUCUGAGUUGGAUUUCUACAUCGAUCACGAUAUGAUUCAUAUCGCAGAUACAAAGGUAGCGCACCGUUAUGGAGACUUCUUCAUUCGCAAAAUAUUAAAAUUUGAAGAAUUAAAUCGUAAACUACAUCAUAUAAAAAUUUAA